AUGAAGGGAGAAGAAUACCAUGAGAGCGUCAGCCUACCUCGAUCUCGCUUGUCACUUCUCGAGAACCCGGUUGCCACUUCCGACACGCUACCACCUCUUGAGGAUUCUCUCCCCGCCCUCCUUGCUUAUGCAGCCUCCGAUACUCUUCCGGCUGGGGACGCAUCCAUCACAAGGGCGUCAGGAGCACAUACUGAGGCAGCAGCGAUGAGGGCGUGCUCGUCCCAGGAAGAAUUAAGCCGUGAUGCAUCGAGAACAAGAGAGCGACUUAGCAUCUCUGCGUCGCACAAACUCUGCGGUCCCGUCCACCCAUCUUUGACAUGGUUGGUUAUUAGCUGGUGCGACGGAAUUGUUCAUUUGUAUAUUGUACGGUCCUUGACAACCAAGCCUCCCUUUCCCAAGGUAUCUUUACACAGUUACGAUAUCUGGGAGUUCCUUACUAUUAUUAGCAGUCAGAAAACUCUUGGAAAAAAGCCAAUAAGCUAUAUGGAAAUGGAGCUACCUGGUUAUAUGUACCUUGUCCUUUCACUUACCUCGUUCCUUCAGCCUCAACCUCAGUCAAUCAGCACGGCCGCCAUUAGGAUCACCCGGGUCAAAGUCCCUCCUCUCCUGAAGGUGGGGGACGAAGGGGACCUCGACUGCAUCUGGGAGACGGAGAAGGACGAGAUGUACUCCAUCAAGUGGUACCAAGAGGGCCACGAAUUCUACCGCUACACGCCCUCUUCACGAGAUCCCAUUCAGAUCUUCGACCCGCCCACGCUCGACGUUGAUCGCGAGGGUUCCUGGGGAGGCAGCGUGAGGAUCGCCAACGUGACCCUGGCGGCCGAGGGUUCCUUCCACUGCGAGGUUUCCGCCGACGCCCCGACUUUCCACACUGCGUCAGACACCGCCCACAUAAGGAUCGUGGACCUACCCGACAGCAACCCGGUGAUCCAAGGCAUGAAACCCCAGUACCUGCCAAGCGACUGGGUUGAUCUGACUUGCAUCUCCCGGAGGUCCAAACCGGCACCUGUUCUUACCUUCAGGAUCAACUCGGAGCUAGCGACGGCGGGAUGGCUCGAGCCCCAAGAGAACCGACAGGACGAGAACGGCCUCUUCACGUCUUCUUUACGCCUGAGGUUCUCCCUUCUACCGCGCCUUCUGGAGGAGGGUGACGUGCGGGUGCUCUGCGUCGCCGAGAUCGAUGGCAUCUAUCGCGAAGCCUCGGAGGAAAUGCUGCUAAUCUCCCCCCGGUACCAGGCUUCGGUCCGCGAGGGAGGAGCUGCUGUCGGUACUCCCCCACACCCUUGCCACGCCGGGUUGUUGGCGUUGCUCACCCUUCUCGUGUCCUCUGCCACUCAGCCUCUGCUAUGAGUAAUGUGAGAAUGGGUCUGCCCCCCCCCCCCACUCCCCACUCCUUCCCUUCGCCCCUGCCUCUCCUUCAUUCCUCUUUGAUCUAUGUUAGGUCUUCUGCUUCUUGAAAGGUCAUCAUCGAUGCUUAGGUAAUUUGAUACAAUGAGCAUUUCUAUAUUUUCGUUUUUGUUUGUUUGUUUGUUUUUUGUCAUUAGGGUAAUAUUUUUUUUUGGUAGUAAUUCAUGGAGGGAGCGUGGGACAGGUUGUCCGAUUUGGCUGAGAUGUUGGUAAGGUUUGUGGUGCUUGGUAGAUUGGUUUUAUUGUUUUGAAUGUAGUAUUAGAUUUCUUUUCUAUUCCCUCCCUUUACCCCCCCCCCCCCUCUCUCUCUCUCUCUCUCUCUCUCUCUCUCUCUCUCUCUCUCUCUCUCUCUCUCUCUUUGUCUUUCACCGAUAUCCAUUCUCACUCCUCUCCUUCAAUUGCUUCACUGAGUACCAUGCAUUAUGCAAAUUAAUUUCCUCCUCCUUUUCAGUCAUUUCCUUUUUUUCCACAAAUCCCUCCCCGGAUUCCCAGCUACUCAAUUUCAUCCUGUACUACCAGAGUUAUCCUGCUUCCUGUCCUGGUCAUCUUUCAUCUCCUGAACCUGCUCUCCUGUAGCUCUCCUCUCGCAGACUCCUUCUUCGUCUUCCUGUCUUCUCUCCUGUUCAUCUUUCAUCUCCUGAAUCUGCUCUCCUGCUGCUCUUGUCUCGCAGCCUCCCUCAGCUUCCUUCUUAUCCUCCGCCCCUUUGUCGUACAGCUAUCUCUCCCGAAGCUCAUGCAUAUCCCUUUCCCACAAGGUUAUCCCCGUAUUAAGCUGAUUUACUGGGUAGCCUAUUAAUGCUCUGGAUUCAACUACACUACGUUUCCUAUUACAAUUACAGCUAUUGUUGUAAUUCGCUGUUACUUUAUUAUCACUGUUAGACUAUUACAAUAACUAUUACACUAUUACUAUUGGAGCACUAUUAUAACAGUCACUAAUAUGCCUACUACUGCAGCCACGAUCAAAACCCAUCAUUGCAAUUCUCAUCACUCACAUAAUUACAACUCAUCCAAUGGCUCCCCACUAAGAAAAGAAAAACAUUUGCAUUUCUUCAGUACUGAAGGUUGCUAAACUUAUUAACUGGUCUAAAUACGAGUACAUAUUGUUUGCAUAACAGAUAUAUAUGUUUUGAAUGCUUUUGUUUAUUAUUGAAUAUAUUGAACCUAAUUUUCAUAUGGUUAAUUCAGUGGCCUUUUACAUGCAUGUAUUUUCCAUGUUCCUCUGCAAAGAAUUUUCAAAUUCAUUUCUUGAAACAUCUGGAAUGUAAAUAUAAAUUGAUAAUAAAAUAUUUCCUUUUUAAACUUCAGAAAUGUAAAUGGAUAUUGAUACUAAUUAACUCAAAUUUCUAAUAGUAAUCACAUCCUAUUCAGUGAAAAAGAUCCACUUCACAAUAUUGUUUUCUAACUUACACAAGCAACUGCCGUAAAAAUAAAAACUUGUAUGAUAUGAGUGAAUGACAAAUAUUUUCCACAUUAAUUAAUCUUCAUAUUUCAUCUCGAACAGAAUAUCUUCUUCAAUAUCACAUUCACUGCACACUAUGAGCUAUGAGAGAGAGAGAGAGAG